AUGGCCAAGGAAUCAAAGGAUCUCCUCAAGAUGCUCGAGGACAUGCCGACGAAGGAGCCCGACAAGUCGUCUUGGGCACUGGCCGCGCGCAAGCUGCGCAACGUCGCCCAGGUCUGCAUGGCCAUGAAGGAUUGCGGCGACGACGAGGCCGCCCUGAGCCGGUUAGAAGAUAAGAUGUCCAUCCUCGGAUUCAUCGCCAACGCCUCUUUCGCCCAGUGUAAAGGACGACGACCUGAGCGUGUCGACAAGCUACUGAUUAGCCGCUAUGUCUGGGCCGCCGGUCUGGGUGACCCCUCCUUCGACACCAUGAAGAAAUGGAAAGCGGUCAUUGACAACGGCGAUCCAUUGGACAUGAAUGGAACCCUCUCCGCCUUGCAAGACGCUAUGCCUCGGCCGAUCAAGUACUGUAAGGUUAUAUUCCGCCCUUCGUCACUUGUUUCGCAACUCUCUAACAAAACGAUAUCUAGGGCGACGCGAGAAGACUGGGCGAAAACACCCGCAGACGAGUGGAACUGGACGCCCCAAAACGCUCUGCAUGGCAUUCGACUAGGACCCCGAGGAGGUGCUCGAGGAGCGGCAGCAUUUGUACUGCCAGGCACUUUGCUUCCCUUGGAGCUUCGGAGCUUCGAGACUGGUGAGCGUAUCCCGGACGGCCACGCUUUCUCCAUCACGACGGGACGACGCUGUCCUUUGGCCCCAUCCGACCAUCCGCAUCAUGCAGAUGUACUACUGUAUGGCUCUCGUAAUCUGGCUCGCCGGUGCAGAUGA